AUGAAGCCCAAGUAUCUUGUGUUCUUACUGUCAGGCCUUUUGGCCUCUGCUGCGGAAGACCCGGGGCGUGGUCCCGGGGCGGCCAACGGUGCAAACGGCGGCACCUUCACACCGGAGGAUAGCGGUCCGGGUGGUGAGCUUACAGGUUUUGAGGAAGCCACACCCAAAAAGGGGCCAGGCCUACCACCAGGCCACGAAGCUCCGGAGUCAGAUGGUGCCAACUUUUGGAACCCAUCGAACUGGCGGGGUGCCGAGAAGAUUGACGCAAAGGCGGCGUCUGAAAUUCCGACUCCUAAGAAUGAGGGGAGUGCCAAAGGCUUCCUUUACUCUCCACGACCUGCAAAUCAAGAGCUCGGUGACGUCUUUGACAACGGCCUAAAGCGCACUCAGCUUGCUGUCGAAGCCAAGCCCGUUGGCAUCAAGGAGACGCAUUUUGUCCAGCUCACCGGCUCGGCGCAAGUAGCAUAUAAAGGCUCGAUCAGGCCCGGCACGCCGGCCUACUUUCUCAAGAUCUCGCCACAGAAUCUUGAGGAUGGGUACUACCUCCCCAGCAGCCAUCCCGAGUUCACCGAAGCCAAGAAAUACACGUUCCUUACGCCGGGGAAUGUCCCCAGAGAGAGCAUCGUCGGCGCUUGGAAAGUCCGCGCUCGGGACUUGGAGGCGCCCCAGCUCGAGUGGGUGCCCAAUCCUCACUAUUCAUGCCUCGACAAGAUCAAAGACUUUUGCACCAAGCCGCGUGAGCAGUGGCGCGUCAAAACCCGAUCUAGCUGCUUUCCAAGAAUGUUCAAAAGAGGCGUCGGCGCCGGUUUUGAGCCAUGCCUGGAACCGCUUGAGGAGACGGCAAGUGAAGGCGCCGCCGCCGAGGGCGCCGCCGAAGUCGCAGUGGAAUCGUUCGUCAAGGACGUAUCGCAGCCAGCACUACAGAAGGAGGAACUUGAGAAAAUCGCCGACGACUUCGCGGAGUCGCUGUUCCAACGCUGGGUGGCCAAGUACGGGUUCAAAAACAUGAAGUCUCUCGACGGGGUGCCGGUUAAGGACCUCUAUCCUAAGUUCCGGGCACAGAUGAAGGGCUACAAGACUCUCUACAUGAAACCAAGCAAAGCAUCCCCGGGCAUGGGCAUUGUAGCUGUUGUGGGCGUGGGGUUCUGGGUCAAGGAUGUCGUCGACGCCUUUAAAAGGGACCUCCCCUGGGAAGAGAAGGCUGCGGUCGCUACAUCCAUCGUGCCGAUUGUGGGGUGUGCAACGAGAUUUGCCGCUGAUGGCGCCGCCGAUGGGAGCAGCUUUGACGUGGCCAAGAUUGCUGACACGCAAGCUUGCGUUGCUGCCGACACCCUACUUCUCAGCCCCGCGUGGCCGCUUGGCCUGGCUAUACACGGUGUACGAAACCUCGUCAAAACGAUACCCGCCGCCCUCAAGAUGCAGGCUGAAUGGGACAAGCUGAGAAGUGCCGAAGGCCUGAAGCAGCGCUACAAGGAAGAAUGGUCCUCGAUCCGUAAUCAGAUACUGAACUCAACGACGAUCCACUUGACCGAGCUUCAGGUAGAUCGAAACAUAACCAUUUCUCGUCUGUCGGAUCUCAUGGUGGCAGCAGAGGCGGGUGGCAUCCUCAAAGCUGGCCAAGUCAGCAACACUACAGAUCAGGCAGCGCGACAGAGACUGCUGGAAGACGAGGAAUUCCCCGGUCGCCAGGAGCUCGAGAAAGUCAUAUGCGACAAGUUUACGAAUCGGACGAGUACAGUUCGCAUCGACCUGGACCAGUCGAGACAAGCUAUCAAUCAUCGAAUCGCUACCGAGCGACGCAAAUUUAUGCGGAACUUCAUAGGGCACUAUACGACAUUCCUCGUGGACAAUAUACCCAGGGGGGCCUAUAAUAUUCCACCGAGGGAGAAGUACGUUCAAAAACUUAGAAAUCACGUUAAAGAUGUGGCGACAGAGAUGGAUAAAACAGUGCGUGAAGGCGAAGUCGGCCUAGAGGAUAUUGAUAAAGUGAUGAGAAUCCCUCCAAUUCCUCCUACCUGUAUGGAGUAG